AUGAGCUUUAAAUUGAUAGAUGUUGAGAAUGAAUUUGAAUUAGAAAGGGUGGAAAAAAUUGAUUCUGGAGCAACUGGCAAAGUAUUUAAGUACUAUUCAAAAAAACAUAGAAAAUUUUAUGCUUUCAAGGAGCCACAUAAAGAUAUCAAUAGUGAAGAUGUUAUAAAUGAAGAUGAUCAUAUUAAAAACCUUGUUAUUGGAGGCAAGCGAGAAACUCCAGUUCCUGGAACUCCAAAUGGCUUUAAAAGCAUUUAUAUUAAAGCUUGGGAUCAAAAUCCAGAACAACGUCCUACCAUUGAGCAAAUCAUAUUUGAUUUAAAUGAGAUUAACGA